CUCUACCUUCAGCAAAGUCUGCAGUUUCAGUCGCGCGUCGUCGCUCCAAGCGUGAGGUUCGAGCCCAGAGAAGAAUACCGAGCUUAGUAGAUCGAAAAGCGGACCGAAACUAACCAGCAAACAAAGCGGACAGGACAGGACAGGACACGACAGCAGACGAGGCACCCGAAGAGGAAGGAAGGGCCAACAUGGAGACCUAUCUGACGGAGAUCAAACAAUUGCGCAUACCACGCCCGAAAUUCGAGCCCAACAGUUGCCACCAGCAACACCAACAUGCGGUGGCAGGCGGCACAUCGACAAGCUCCAGCACCACCUCCAACACGCCCACGCCCCCCCAUCAUCAUCAGCGGCCGUGGCGACACUUUGUGCGACCCUUUACGCCGCCGCGUGAUUACCAUCUGCCCAUGGUGGCCGGUGGAGGAGGAGGCGGAGGCGGAGGCGGUGGAGGAGCAUGGUCCGUCGAGGAGGCCUCCAUGCACGACAAGAUCUGAGGAGGAGAAGCAGGCGGAAGCGGAGGAGGAGUAGCGGCAGGGAGCGGUCUGCGGUCUGUUUGACCUGGCAUCGAAUUGCUUACACUUAUUGGCUAUAUGCACAUGCUACAUACAUAUAAAUAUCUUUUUUUGCUAUAUAUACGAUACAUACAUACUUAUAAUUGCAUAAUUUAGUGAUUCAGUUUAGUGUUUAGUUAGUUUUAGAUACCAUAAAUAUACAAUAUAGAGAUACAAUUAUAGAUGCAAAGAAUAAAGUAUACAAAAAGUU